AUUUCCGGCUCAAUCCAUGUGGGAACCCCUCGGCGGGGCGGCUUGUCAACUGCUAUGACCAUUCCAAUUCCGAACAUGGAAUCCGCACCCUCACAGUUCGCGCGCGCGAACGCAGAAUGUGCGAUGGACGGGCAAUGUACAUCGUUCCAUUCCACGGAAUUGCCACCGAUCCCCGCCGUGUCCGUCACCAUUGCCGAUGGAGCCGGUAUCGUCGUCGCACGUUCCGGGCCGCCAAAGCGACGGCGGGUCAGUGAAACCGCCAGGGCCUCAUCUCCGUCGACCACAUCGGUAUCCCCGCCAACGGCCGCUGGUGAGGCAAGACCACUGGCACCGCCAGCCCGACGCAAGGCCAAGGUUAGCCGUGCCUGUGACGAGUGCAAGUCGCGAAAGGCCAAGUGCAGCGGAACCGAGCCGUGUGAGACAUGCCACCGGAAGGGGAGAGUAUGUCACUACCUGGCCGAGUAUUCGCGCGGCCGGCCUCCCACCCCUCCGCCAAUGCCUAUGCCGGUACCCACGGUCCCCGCAGGCCGCCCUUCCUCGGCACAAUCCGGCGGUGGGUUGAUGACCAGUAUGGUGCCGCCUGGACAAUCCCGCCGUCGAACUCGCCCAGUCGCCCCGGAGCUGGCGGAGCAGCACGAGGGGGGCGGGCUGCCACCGGAUUGUGGCCGCCAACGGUUACAGGACAGCCGCAUCCCAUCGUCCAGGGCGUCGCCGGUUCUCGGCGUGGCCGAGAUCCAGGGCCAAGUGCACGACCCUACGAGUGGUUUGGCCUUCCUGCACCGCGCUUGGAAGCGCCUCUCACGGGCCAAUGGGCCCCUUCCAAGCGAGGGCGGUGCCGGAAUGGCACCUCAGGCAGGGAAUCUGUCGCUCGACGAGCAGCCCAUCUUUGCAGCAGGUGAUCGGCCACUUCCGUCCGACGAUAUCGAAGAUGCGGGGGUUGGUGACGGCGCGGAUGCUCGGUCAUGGUUCCCGAAUCCCGCGAGAGCGCGCGAGCUGCUCGCACUUUACUUUGACGUCUGCAUAGCCACGUACCGCGUGCUUCACCGGCCGACAGUCGAAAGCUGGCUCAAAGUGGUUGAGAGCAAUCUUGCCCAGAGCCGGCCCAUCUACAAUGGCAUCGGGCGGGCCAAGGUAACCAUCCUCUUGACGGCGCUUGCCAUCGCCACUACACAUCACGAGAAGUCCCGGGGCUUUUCUACCGCUGAAGACGAGGCGCAAUCUCUGGCCCGUAGUGACCGCCUCUUCUCCGAGGGCGCUCGGCUCACCCGAGAGGAGAAAGGGUUGCCUCGACUAGAGUCGGCGCAGGCUCGGCUUGUCCAGGUGCUGUACUUGCUCACCACCUCGCGUGUAAACCGCGGCUGGUACGUUUUUGGAGAGGCGCUGCAAAUCAUCAGCGCUCUGGGGCUCCAUCGGGCCGUCAGCAGGAAGCUCCAGCUCGCCUCAGGAAACCAGAACGUCGACUAUAUCCAGUCGCAGUGCCGAAAGCGGACCUUCUGGGCUGCCUACAUACUGGACCAUUACCUGGGGAUCAUUCUUGGUCGUCCAAGGCACUACCACGAUGAGGACAUCGACCAAGAUUUUCCGGACGCCAUAAAUGAUGAGGACAUGCGAGCGGAUGCCUCUUCAUCACGCGUCAACAACAACGUCGACAGCCACCUCGAAGCUCUCAUUUUCCACGCAAAGAUCGCACAGAUUAUCGGCAAGAUCACGCGCGAAGUUUACACGAUCCGGGCCAUAUCGGAGCAAGAGCGAGUGUCAGCGGCGCACCGACUCUGCGAAGAACUGCACAGCUGGCAGGCGAGCCUGCCCCCACACCUCGGGGCGGUCCGGCCGUCCAGCCUGAUCCCCAGCUUUCGGCGGCAGUGUAUCGUGCUACGCAUCGCCUACUCGCACGCAGUCAUGCACGCCAACCGCUUCUUCCUCCUAGGGAAUCUCAGCAGCCGCAGCGAGAUGCAAGUGGCCGAGUGCGUCAUGGCGGCGAAGACGGUGCUCGAGAUUGUUGACGGCCUCGCCCGCGACAGUCCCAUCUUCCAUGCCUUCUGGUGGACGCACUACGUGGCCUUCUGUGCUCUCGUGGUGACAUAUGCAUGGGAGAUCCGGCAGCACACCCAGAAUGAUUCCACGGGCACCAAGUCCCCGCCAGUGGACCGCACGCUCCUGCUCGACUUGGCGGAGCGCUGCCAGACGCACCUGGCGCAAGCCACGGCGACCAACUCGCCCAGCCGCCGGUACGCCAUCAUCCUCGAGGAACUGCGCUCCGAGGCUCAGUGGCGGUCCGGCCGAGGUAGUGGCAUGGCGGCAGGCGGUGCGGGACGCCAACACAACGGUGUCGCGGAUCACUCAGCCGGCGUGCCAGGCAACCAGCCAGCUCGACCCUUUGAUGUUGAGCACAUGGGCGACAUGGACGUCCACGAGUUUCAGCCAGCCAUGUUCGACGCAGUCGACGGCUUUGGAACACUGCCCGGGAACCCCAUCUUUGAGACAUGGAACAUGACGGACUGGUUGGAGCUGGAUUCUUCAGCUUUUGGGCCAUAUAUUAGCUUCGACGAGCCGUCAAUUUCAUGGCUACCAGGUCCCGUGGCCAGUUAGAUGACCCUAUGAGAGAUUAAUAACAAGAUACCACCGAGUAUAACUCAGCCCUAGUUUG